AUGCUGAAAAGGAUGACCCGUGCUAACACCAUCUUCUUCAGCCUUGUUCAGAUGCGCUCAGCCGAUAACUCCAACGAAGAUGACGAGGAAACCUCCCUCGGUGCGCAGCCUUGGACGAUUACCCAUUCCCUGUAUGCUACAAUGGGAGGUUUCGUCCUCGCAUCAAGCGACCGAGCAUCACUGCUAGCUCACGCAAUAUGUGCUCUCGCUCUGUAUUUCUUCUUCUGGUGGAACAAGCCUCUGGGUGUUGAUGAAGGAAGUCCCCUUCCGCCUGAGGCCAGUAGCCAGAUUGGUGCUUACUUGACGGCCUGCAUCAAGCUUGGCCGACGCUUUGAGUUUGGCCCCGUACGUGAUCGAAAAUUUGUGACAGAUUAUAGAGAUUUUUUACACAUUGAGUGGCCAGCUCAUGCGUCUGAAUCAGUUAGCAAUGGUUCUCAAUACUCUUCACUCGACAGCAUCGACUCUUUUGGAAGCGGAUCUGCGUCCGACAAUUCUCCGCAUCAAGACAAGAGAAUCCACGAGUUCUUCGUGGAGCGAUACCGCAGCGCCGACCAACCCGCAACCGGCGAAGAAGUGGCAUUGCUGAAGCUCGCCUCGAGCUUCGCACGUAAACACGGCAUCACUGGUGACCUGAAAAAGUGCCUCCACGAAGUCUGCUCGAAAGAUCUGCAUGAAAAACUACUCACAACACGAAUUCAAAAUCUUCCAAAAGACCACUUCAUCUACGGACCUCUGCCGACGCGCACAUACGGAACGCCGACACCUCAUCUUGGCUUCUGGGAAAGGCUGAAUCGAGGCAUCCUCAUGAACGGACUCAUCAUCACGAGCUGCUUUUACGGUGGCUUCCAUCUACUACGGCGUUGGAAUCACGAAUUCCGGACCAGCACCGAAGAGCUCCUCUGGAAGAUCUCUGCACUCACAAUUGCGACUUUUGGUAUUGCAUAUCUUGUCGGCAUUUAUCUCUUCGGCCGAGUCGACGAGGGUUUCUUCGAACGGCAUGACUAUGUGUAUUGCUGCUGCGCCGUCAGUCCCAACAUCCUUGUAACGCUGUUCUACAUCUUUUGCAGGGUGUACAUCAUCAUCGAAUGUCUCCUGGAUGUUUUCCAUCUCCCUGAGUCGGCAUUCAGAGUGCCGCAAUGGUCGCAGUACUUUCCACAUCUUUCUUGA